AUGCCGCGAAUUUUAUUUUUACUGUUGUAUUUAUCAUCUUUCGCAGUCACCGACAGAACUAUACGUUUGGGUGGUUUGUUUCACGUUAGAGACAACGUACAAGAAUUAGCAUUUAUAAAUGCCGUCGAACACAGUAGCAGAGGAGUUUUAAGUAAAAGGUUAGUCGCCGAACCUAGAAAAGUACCCGAACACAAUAGUUUUCAAGUAUCUCAAAUUGUUUGCGAUCUUCUUUCGAUCGGCGUGGCAGGAAUAUUCGGACCGAAUUCACCGGAAACAUCCGUACACGUUCAAUCUAUUUGCGACGCCAAAGAAAUUCCACAAGUCGAAAUUAAAUGGAAUCCGUAUCAGAAAAAUAAAUUGAGAUCUUUAAACAUUUAUCCGCAUCCUUCGUCACUGUCACGAGCUUUGGUCGAUAUUGUAAAAGCGUGGAAAUGGAAAAUUUUUACAAUUGUGUAUCAAUCUGAAUUGGAACUCAUACAAUUUAGCGAACUCCUCAAACUCUCAGAUUCGAAAGAAUACAUAAUAAGCGUUAAACAAUUGAUUGAUGGUGAAAAUUAUCGUGACACCCUUAGAGAAAUUAAAAAUUCCGGUUCGAAUAAUAUUAUAUUAGAUUGUCCCAUCGACGUUUUACCGGAAGUAUUGAAACAAGCACAGCAAGUCGGUCUCAUGGUUGCAGAAUAUAGUUUCAUCAUAACAAAUUUGGAUUUACACACGAUUGAUUUGGAAUUUCUUCAAUAUGGCGGCACGAACAUAACCGGUUUCAGCAUGAUAGAUCCGCAAAAUCCAUUAGUUAUAGAUACGGUUAAAGCAUGGACGGGAAGAGAAGCGAAAAACGAAAGAGUUUUACAAGUGACACCAUCUACCGUACGUUUGGAUGCUGCUUUGAUGAAUGAUGCAGUUUGGCUUUUUGCUAAAGCAACGAGAGAAUUACAUUACGCUCAAAAUAUAACCAUGAUUCCUCAAGAUUGUAAUUCGAAAAAUACUUGGGUUCUCGGUAGUUCUUUAAAUAAUUAUAUGAAGCACACCGAAAUCAAAGGAAUGACGGGCCUGGUAAAAAUUCACAGAGAAGAAGGUCUUAGAAUGGAUUUUACUUUACAUUUAAACGAAUUAACAACAAACGGUUUGACUCAAGUGGGCGUUUGGAACACGACUCAAGGACUUAACUUGACCAGAUCUUAUUCAUCAUUUUCGAAAGAAGUUGACGAAGAUUCUCUUGUCAAUAAGACUUUUAUCGUUAUAAUAGCUAUGAGUCCGCCCUACGCCAUGUUGAAAGAAGAUAGCAGGCAAUUAUCUGGAAAUGAUCGUUUCGAAGGUUUCGGAGUGGAUUUGAUACACGAAUUGUCUUUGAUGUUGGGUUUUAAUUACACUUUUACUGUACAAUACGAUAAUGAUAAUGGAUCCCUUAAUAAAAAAACUAAAAAAUGGAGCGGAAUGAUGAAAGAAAUUAUGGAAGAGAGAGCUGAUCUUGCAAUAACAGAUUUGACAAUCACACACGAUAGAGAAGGAGCUGUUGAUUUUACGAUGCCGUUUAUGACUUUGGGAAUAACAAUUUUAUAUAAAAAACCUACGGCACAACCUCCGAGUUUAUUUUCAUUUUUAUCACCUUUUUCAAACGAAGUUUGGAUGUACAUGUUGGCUGCUUAUUUAGGAGUGUCACUCACUUUUUUCGCAAUGGCGAGAUUGAGUCCUUACGAAUGGAACAAUCCUUAUCCGUGCAUCGAAGAACCCGACGAAUUAGAAAAUCAAUUCAGUUUAAAAAAUUCUUUAUGGUUUACCAUCGGGUCUUUGAUGCAACAGGGUUCGGAUGUUGCUCCCAUUUCAGUGUCGACGAGAAUGGUCGCAGGAAUUUGGUGGUUUUUUACCCUCAUCAUGGUAUCUUCUUACACGGCUAAUUUGGCUGCUUUUUUAACUAUCGAAUCAACAACUUCACCUUUUAGAAACGUCGAAGAACUUGCUAAUCAAAAAGUAAUUAAAUACGGUGCUAAAAAAGGAGGAUCGACGGCAUCGUUUUUUCAGGAUUCGAAUUACGCAACGUAUAAGAAAAUGUGGAAAUACAUGCAAUCGAAUCCUGACGUUUUUACAUCAUCCAACAACGAAGGACUUCAAAGAGUUUUAAAUGAAAAUUAUGCGUAUCUCAUGGAAUCCACAUCAAUUGAAUAUUUGGCUGAAAGAAAUUGCGACAUAACGCAAAUCGGUGGAUUGUUGGAUAGCAAAGGAUACGGCAUAGCAAUGCGAAAAAAUUCCACGUAUAGAAAUGCAUUGAGCACGGCCGUACUACAAUUACAAGAAACCGGAAGACUCGCUCAAAUGAAAAGAAAAUGGUGGAAAGAAAAAAGAGGUGGCGGAGCAUGCGAGGAUGACGAAGGCGGUGGAGAAGCAAGCGAAUUAGAUUUGGAUAAUGUCGGAGGUGUUUUCGUCGUUUUAGUUUGCGGGGUUUUCAUGGCUUGUUUUGUUACAAUAGCAGAACUUAUAUGGAACGUCAGCAUGACGGCAAAAAAAGAAAAGGUUUCGUUUGCUACAGAACUAAUGCAAGAAUUAAAAUUUGUCGCAAAAUUUCACGGUUCUAAAAAACCCGUUAGAAAAAGAAACAGCACCGUCGACAAAUUAUCAGAACAAUCGUCGACAGACAACAUCAAUUUCGAUUGGUACGAAAACGAUACGAAAAAAAAUUCAAUGCAUUGA